AUGAACAUGCAGCCUCACGCCGACCCCUCCAAGCAGCCUCAGCAGAUCUGGGAGGACUUCUCUCUGUCCUUCACCCCCGCCGUCAGGGAGGUCGUCGAGUUCGCCAAACAGAUCCCCGGCUUCGGCUCUCUGACGCAGAACGACCAGGUCACGCUGCUGAAGGCCGGCACCUUCGAGGUGCUGAUGGUGCGUUUCUCCUCGCUGUUCGACGUGAAGGAGCAGACGGUGACGUUCCUCUCCGGCGCCACCUACAGUCUGGAGGAGCUGCGGUCGAUGGGGAUGAGCUGCAUCCUGGCCGCCAUGUUCCACUUCAGCCACAAGCUGGCGGCGCUGCAGCUGAGCCCCGAGGAGCUGGGCCUGUUCACCGCCGUGGUGCUGGUGUCUGCAGACCGUUCUGGGAUUGAGAGCGUGCCGUUGGUGGAGCAGCUUCAGGAGAACCUGAUCCAGGCGCUGCGCUCGCUGGUCAACAAGUCCACCGUCGCCCCCGGCAACCAGCAUCCCAACGUGGACUCGCAGCGCUUCACCAAGCUGCUGCUGAAGCUGCCGGACCUGCGGACGCUCAACAACCUGCACUCUGAGAAGCUGCUGUCCUUCCGCAUCGACGCCUGAUGAUGAUGUCACCGGUGGAGGGGUCGCCAUGACGACGGCUCGUCCCAGCGUUACCCCCCUCCCCACCCCCCCUCCUCGACAUGCUGGUGAUGUCAUCGCCGCCUUAUGUGC